AUGUUAGAACAACAGCUAGGGGUCGAUAAAAAAGGAAGAUACAAAAAUCUCUCGAGAAGUCAACGAAAAGUGAUAAAAACGUUAAAAGAAGAUGAAAACAUCAUCAUCAUACCAGCAGAUAAGGAAGGAAAAGUUGUAGUCAUGAACGUAGAAGAUUACAUUAAGAAAAUAAGCGAGAAAUUAGACACAAAAGCGUAUCAGAAAUUAGAUGAAAAUCCAUCGAAAGGUAUACGUAAAAGAUUAAAAAUACUGUUAUCAGAAUUAGUCGGUAAACAAGAGAUAGAACGAAAUGAAAUGGAUAUGCUACUCGAAAAUAAACAUCUACCGUUUGUUCGUGGACAGUUAAAGAGGUCAAAAGAAAAAUUAAGUGAUGACAAUCGUAGUGAAAAACUCGUCUCAAUUGAACAAGCAUCAGAACCUAUUGGACCUGAAAUUAUUCCUACUAAUGCAAAAUGGUUACCAAAUGCGACAACAGUUGCUGAUGGACAUGGUCAAGGUGAUUCUCUUCAACAAUUAAAUUACCCACGGGGAAUCUUUGUGGCUGAAGAUUUCACUGUUUAUGUAGAUGAUUCUGAGAACCACCGAAUUGUGGCAUGGAGACCGAAUGCAACGAGUGGUGUUGUUGUUGCUGGUGGAAAUGGUCAAGGAAGUCAACUUAAUCAACUGAAUGAGCCACUCGAUGUGAUUGUCGAUAGAGAAACAGACAGUCUCAUCAUCUCUGAUAAUACCAACAAACGAGUAGUACAAUGGUCUCUCAAGAAUAAAACAACUGGAAAAGUUCUUAUAAAAAAAAUUGAUUGUGUUGGGUUGGCAAUGGAUGAUAAAAGAUUUCUCAAUGUCGUUGACAGAGAUGAACAUGAAGUGAGACAAUAUCGAAUGAGAGAGACGAAUGAAAGUGAUAGCCGAGCAGACAUUCGAAACGACACCAACGGCGAACAUGAGCGAGAUGACAAUUAA